CUGGCCCAUGUGUUGCCACCACACUUCCGGUACUAAAUUGAAACCAACAAACUGAAGCCCCGGGAAGUUGUCGCCGCUCUGCGUCGAAGGAAAUUUGUAGUUAUGGCAGGGGCAGGGAUUGGAUGUGUCUUAUUGUUCCUUUUACCAGCUUUAUUGUCAGCUGGCAAAGCGAAGGGACCGAAAGUAACCGAUGUUGUAUUCUUCGACAUAGAAAUUGGGGGCGAAAAAGCUGGAAGAAUUGAGAUUGGUUUGUUUGGUAAAACUGUACCAAAAACUGUUGAAAAUUUUAAGAAAUUGGCAACGGGUUCAGAGGGGAAGGGACUAUCAUACAAAAAAAGCAAAUUUCAUCGAGUUAUUAAAGAUUUCAUGAUUCAGGGAGGAGAUUUUACAAAAGGUGAUGGAACUGGAGGCAGAAGUAUCUAUGGAGAAAAGUUUGCUGAUGAGAACUUCAAGCUGAAGCAUUAUGGCGCUGGAUGGUUGUCAAUGGCUAAUGCUGGCAAGGACACAAAUGGAUCCCAAUUUUUCAUUACCACUGUCAAGACAACCUGGCUAGAUGGCAAACAUGUUGUUUUUGGAAAAAUUGUUAAAGGAAUGGAUGUUGUUAGGAAAAUUGAAUCCACCAAAACUGUAGCCAAUGAUAAGCCUAAACAGGAUGUUGUGAUCGCCGAUUGUGGUGCCAUCGACACAGAGGGAUAUACUGUAGAAAAGGAGGAUGCAAAAGAUUAGUAACAUACCAAUUCCAUUUGUUUUUGUUUCUUAUUUACAUGUAUUUCAAUACUAAACGUUGUUCACUUAAAGUUGUUUGUAAUAAGAAUUUUCUUUUUAUUUGGAAAAAUUGUGUUGUUUUGACUACCAGGUGUACAUCAUUGAAAAAAAGGAGAUAAUAUUUGUACAAUAAGUUCAUCUUUGUAACGUUUUGAUGAUAUUUGAAAUAAAGAUACCUAAUCAUUUGUAUACCAA